GUCGUGCGGUUACGACGACGCUUUACGGCCAGCGGGGUCGCGAAGAAGCUGUAAGACGGCAGGGGCUUGUGGUAAAGAAAAGGGGCCGGCGUUUGGACUAGGCCGCAGCCAUGCCAUUCUUUGAUAUUCAGAACCGGCUGGGCCUCAAUAUUGACAAAUGGAUGACAGCUAUGAGUGCUGAACAACCUUACAGAAUGCCGGCCCGAUGCCAUGCUUUCGAGAAGGAGUUCAUUGAGUGUGCCCAUGGAAUUGGUAUGACCCGAGCCAAGAAAGAGUGCAACUUGGAAUAUGAGGAUUUCGUCGAGUGUUUGCAUAGGCAGAAAACGAUACAACGCAUGGGAGCAGUCAUGAAGCAGAAGGAGAAGCUAAUGAAAGAAGGGAAGUAUACUCCCCCACCUCACCACUCGGGCACGGAGGAGCCGAGGCCUUGACCAGCCAGUGGUGACAUUGGGUGGCUUCGCUCUUUAUGAUGGGAUGAAAGUAUACCCUGUUGUCCCCUGGAAAUGUAUAUUUCUUAAAGCAGACAUCUCCUUCCAAAGGUUAAAAAUGAAAGUAUAGAAGCCAUCCUGCUGUUCCCUGCCCCCAGUUCUCUCUGUACUUUGCCAUUAGGACAACUACACCAGGCAAGUUGGUGGCAGUGAUUCACCCUCCAAUAUAUGAUCUGUGAUUCUGCCUGUAUCUGCAAAUCGGCAUUUUGGAAAGUAAACAUUUACAAAUGUA